GUUUACACCGCAGUAGGUAAUGUCGCGAGGUGGAAUUUCCCUGCUUACAGCAUAGACCAGUCGACCACUUCCGCAAUAGAAGUCUGGCAGAGAGACGAGAGGCCACUGCGAGCUGAAAGUUUAGAGGACCAUGUCUAGGAAGUGAGAGACGGCGAUGGAAGGGAAAGGCCCGUACCGCAUCUAUGAUCCAGGUGGGAGUGAGGUCAAGGCCAGAGAUGAGGCUGGAGGGGGAAGCAGCUAUCGACAGCUAUUGGAGGAGAACAGCAUACUGAGGGAGCGCAUGAAGGGACUUAAGAGCUUAGGUGAUUUGCUGGAAGAGUCUCAAUCAGAGGCAUCAAGGCUUCGGCAGCGAGUGGAAGAACUUGUGAGAGACAACGAGGCCCUCAAGUCCUCCAGUUUUGCUGCCAGUCUGUGUAUGGGAGGGCCUGUUCAGACUGAGACACAAAUUAAACCCUGUUUACACCCAACUGCAGAGCAGAAGGAGGAGCAAACUAGCUGUUUAGGGAAGACCCUGCAGCCUGAGAAGCCCACUGAGGCCUUAUCAGAGUUUGAAGUUGUGAAUAUUGAGGGCAAGACUCCAGAUGCCUUGACUGCCGGGUCAGUGGCAGGAGUUAUCCCCCUCCUGCCUCAGGAGAACAUCGAGCUGGCGAGCCAGCUGAAGAGACUAGAGAGCUCCUUCAGCAUAUUUGCUGAGGAGUCCAACCCGAACCAGUUGUUGGCGCACCUCGGUCGCAUGGCUGUGGAGUUUCACCAUCUUUCCUCUAAGGUCCAAAAGAAUGAACAGAGGACCUCCCUCCUACAGACUCUCUGUGAGCAGCUCAGACAGGAGAACAAUGAGCUUCGAAAGAAAAUGGAAGAGGACCAUCAUAUCAGGAAUCGGGACUUAGAACAGCUGAGACAGGAAAACCAGAAACUUAAGGAGCUCGUGACUGGAGGAGCAGCAGCGGCGCCAGCAGCAUCUGCUGCACCAUCUGACACCGAAGCUCCAGAGGCCAAAGAGGAGCUGGUGAAGGAGGAAUCCGCCGCUGUACGACCUAAGAUGGAGGCCACCACACCGCAGAAGAGUGGAAAAGCUGCAGAGAAAACCCCUACUAAACCUUGUGAUGUUGAGGUGUAUGAAAAGAAGAUCAAGCUUUUGGAGAAGCAGAGAAAGGAUGUACUGGAGGUGAACAAGCAGUGGGACAUUCAGUGGAACUCCAUGAAGUCACAGUUUGAACAGAAGAUCACAGACCUUAGACAACGGCUGGCUGAGUCCCAGAAAACUGUGCUUGAGCUAGAGGCAGAGCGAGAGCAGAGGCAGCGCGACUAUGACAAGAAGCUGCUGCUGGCCAAAUCCAAGAUUGAAAAUGUGCAGGGGGAAAAGGAAUGUCUCAACUCUGAGACCACUGAGCUGAAACAGAAAAUUCGCUACCUGCAGGAUCAGCUGCUGCCCCUCAGCAAACAGAGGGAGUACCAGGAGAAGGAGAUCCAACGCCUCAACAGGGCUUUAGAGGAAGCCUUAAACCUGCAUUCCCCUUCAUCCUCUCAACAACCACCUGGCCAGGGUAACUUUGCAGAUGCAGCCAAUAACCUGAAGAAACAGGAACUGCUAACUCAAAUUGCUGUACUAAAAGAACAGGUGAAGAUCUUUGAAGAAGACUUCAGGAAAGAGAGGAGUGACAGAGAGCGAAUGAAUGAGGAAAAAGAAGACUUGAGGCGGCAAGUUGAGAGACUCCAGGGUCAGAUUACUAAUUUGACCAAUCAGCUUCAUCAGGCACAGAACGAGUGUCAGCGAGAACGUACAGAGAGGUGUAAGCUGGAGAGACUGCAGAUGCAUCACAAACAGGGGCAGCAGCAGGAAAGACGUACCUCAGACCCCACGUCAGGCUCAGUGAACGGCCCGCUGAGCCCUCCCUACUGUGGUCCCUUUGUGCAGGUGGGACCGCAGGGCCUCGAGGGCUGGCCCAUACACUUCCCUCCCCGGAUGCCCAAUGCAGCAGGCGCCGCAGCCGCCGCAGCAGCCGCAGCAGCCGCAGCAGCACCACCCCCUGUACGAGACUUCCAGCCUGUUACCCCGGGUUUUCCUUGGCAGCCAUCAUUCUCACAACCCAGAGGGGCCAGAGCAGUUGGAGAGAGUUCAAGACCACCACCAGAGAAUGCAGUAGAUCAGUCUGCAGCUGCAGCAGCUGCCGCAGGAUUUGGAAAAAGGGAGCGACAGAACAUUGACCCUGGAAAGCACUAAAGCAUCACCGUACCCACCGAAUGGAGUCUGGGUAGUAGCAUGAAAUCAGUUUGUUUUUGAGUUGACAAGGUGUGAUUUGAUCUAUAAUUUUCCUACUGAACUGUAGAUAUCCUAUUGUAAUGUUGUUUAUACUUGCGUUUUAUAAGCCUAUUUGUGAAACACUUCGCUAUUCUGAUAUAUACAUGAAAUAUUAUUUUAAUUUUUUUAUCAGGAACUGAAGUCAUUUGUUAAAUAGGUUGGAAUAAUUAACAUUGUUCUUUUUUUCCAGAAAAUAUUCCUAUGUGAUUGUCUCUCUGCAAAUAUGUAACAACUUGACACUUAGUUUGUUACUUGUAGGGUUACAGGAAGCCAUUCCCCAAUAUGACUAAGACUACAUAUACUCAUUCCAACAAUGAAUGAUUAUAUAGGUACAUUGACUCAUAGAAUUUACAAUGUGAAUGUUGAUUGAUUUAUGAAGAUUUCUUCAUUAUCGUCAAUGUUAUAGAACUGUCCCAUAUGUGUAACUGUUCAAAAGUGGUUGUUGAAAUACAAAAAUUUGGGGAAAUGAAUUUUGAUGGUAUCAUACCAAAAACAUGAUUGUGAUUAUUGAUAAUUUAUUUAUAUCCUGCUGUUUUGAUAGUUGCAUUGACUAAGUGUAAAUCAUUGUCUUUAGUAAUGCUGUUCUUUCUAUGUUGUUAGUGUAAUCCCAAUAUAUUGUAGCUAUUGACAUUGUAUGUUUGUAUCAGACACAAUACACAAUGCACAAUACAUACACAACCUUUUUUUCCCCACGAUGAUGGACCUAAUCUCAUUAAACACAACACUUGUACUUGACCACAAUUGAUUUGAUCACUCAUUCUGAUAUCCAUACUUAUCUUGCUGCAUCCUGUACCGUUGCCCACAGUUUAGCCCCAACAUACAGCAUCUAGGUUACAGCACUCAAACUUUUAGGCAGCAGCGAUGACCAUCUCCCUCUUCAUCCUCAAAUACCUGCUAUUUCAUAUUAACCGAAGGAGUUGUAGAACUGAAACAUUCAAAUUCUGCUCAAACAACAGAAAGGGGAAGAUUUUCACAAGUACUUGGAGGUCCUAGAUCCAGUGUUAUUGCAGUACAUCCGCUUCUCAUAAAACAACCUCUGCCACGAUGUCUGGCUUUGCUCUCUUUCAAGAGAGAGUCAAGAGCCCUGAUAAGAGACACAGUAUCCAUACCUCGAGAUAUUCUGUGUGUGUGUGUGAGUUACUAUUUUGAAAAGGUAGAUCUAAUCUCAAAUCAAGCCACUUUAAAUGAAUACCCAUUAAUAUUUCCUUAGUAUAGUGAAUAUCAGGUAGUCAGGCGAAGGGCUUUAAAAGGUUUGCAGAUGAAUUUGAAAAAGGUUCCAUUUUAUCAAACAAGUUAUUAAGUUACAGGGAACUAAAUCCUGAUGGACAAGAGCUGAAAUGAGACAUUAGCAGAAUUGCACUUUGAAAGUUACGCUGUAAUUACUGGCAGUUGUAUUUUUUUUGGUUUGUAGCCCCUUUUCUUUUUUUGCUGUAGGCAAAAAGCACAUGUGAGACUUUUUGUAUUUGACUGGCUUAAUAAAAUCUAUUCUAAGUGUC